GGUCGCUUUCACAUCUCUUGUCGUUCCCGACGCGUUUUAUUGAGUAUUAUACACACAUGUCUAAGUUGAUGAGUUUGAUAAUCCAAAAUUCGUCCUCAUUGACCGGCCAUAGGGAUUGCAAACAGCACUCCCUCACCCUCGACGGGGCAUCGACCUCACCUGCAGUACCACCAAUUGAUCCAUCUUGUGAACCGCCGGGCGCGCACAGCACCACAACACAUCUACGCGUCCAAAAUGGACCGUCAAGUCCCACAGGAGAUCUGGUGGCUUGUUUGUCAAGAUCUGAAGACCCAGCAAGACUUCAAAAGUCUUUUCCGUUGCGCUUUGGUAAAUCGCAGCUGGGCCAGUCUUGCCCUGCCGCUCUUGUACAGCAUCCACGACUCCUCAAGUGUCGCCUCGGAUGAUGCGGGCACAAGCGACACCGGCAGGUGGGCUGGGAUGUGGCGCUCCAUUGUCAUGUCCAGUCUCGGUGUGACAGCUUAUCCCUACUGCCUUUGGAUCAGAUCGCUUGGGCUUAGUGACCUCGAGCAGCUCCUGCAGGGGAUUGCCCGCGACAGGAGAUGGCGAUCGCUCUUCUUCAAGGGGCCCAUGGAGUCCUUCGAGAUCCUCAGCGGGUCUACAAGAACCCGCCAAGGGAGACCGGUCCUCGAGUGGCAGAAGAUCAUUGAGCGUGUUGGUGACGCCAUCACCAAGUUUGCACAGGAAGCCGCCGAGAAGCAGAACAAGUCCGUCCAGCUGGUCAGUCUCGAGGGUGCAAACCUCCCGACCGACCUGCUUUCAGUCUGGGUAUCAAGGUUGUCAACUCUGACCACCCUGUCUAUCCGCGACGGCUCUGUCCUGACCCCCGAGGUUGCCGAGUCCAUCCAACGCAAUUGCCCCUUGUUCAAGGAGCUCACCUGUUUCAACAUAAGAGGCCCGACUGUUGACCAAAACAUGGCUGACUUCUUCCGCGGUCUCCGGGAGAACUCGCUCGAGAGCUUCAAGGUCCACAGUUCCAACGAGAUCGGGCACAACGCUCUGGAUGGGCUCAUGCAACACUCACGCUCGCUGAGACUGUUGGAUCUCUCGAGUCUUCAGAAUACCUGCCUGGCCAGUCUCGAUACCUUGAGCCAAUGCCAAUACUUGGAAAGCCUCAGCAUCGAAGCCAACACCCCUGCGCCGCCGAGCACGUGGGCAGUGAGCGGCGAGGAUCCUCUUCCCAAGGUAGCCGCUUGGUUGAAGGAGUGCAAAUUCUUGAAACGACUGGUCAUCUCAAACCUUGCCGGCGCAAGCAAGCUUCUUUCCGACAUCAUGAAUUCACCACAUCUGCGCCUCACUGACUUACAGUUGAAGCUGAUUGAUGACGAGGAAGCGUUCUAUACUGCCUUGGGCAACCAGACGGCCCUUGAGAGCCUGUCUCUGCGCUCUGGUGCAGAAAUUAACGACCCAAACAGGGCGCGGCAUGACAAAUUCAUCGAUUCUAUCUGCCAGUGUACAAGCCUCAAGGACCUUGACAUCAUGCAAAAGGUUGGAGGCAUCGACCAGGUCCAGCUGACUUUUGAAGAUCUUGUGCUCCUCAAGGACUGCCUUCCUCAACUCGAGGAGCUCAGCUUUGACGGCGAGUACCUGACAGAUGCCCUGUUCGGUCCGCUUGCGCAAAUGCAACGUCUUAAAUCGGUCUCUAUCAACGGGUCCUCUAUUUUCACUUUCGCCGGUAUAAAGUCUUUCAUCGAAGCGCUCAGGACGAGCGGUGCACAUAGGGGGUUCCGGCUCUACAUCAUGAACCAAUACGUCGAGGCCGAGAUAUCUGAACGGCAACAAGAGCAGCUUGCUGCGCUCAUGACUGUAGGGCUCAAUGGUGUCUUUGAACUACAGUACUGGCGAAACCCCUCCGAGGACGACAUGUCAGAUCUGUCCGACUGACUAGCCGACCAGCUUGGUCUGACAGCGCUGCGCAAUUUCGUGGGUAUUAUGCGCGUCGUCUACAAUGUUUCUACCAGGUGAUGCCAUGCGGUCCACGAAUGCUCAAGGAGUUGGGUCGCUCAAAGUCGCCAGGCUGUCACGUCAUCUCCUUGUUCACAAACUUCGCCAGCCAAUACCGGAUGUCUCACCGCCAGGCCCAAAAUCAGCAUCAGGCAUACCAAGGACCAUCCGCCUCCGGUCACCACCAUACCCAACUCCCACCAACUGUCCCCUCUCGUCCCCUGGGAAACAAUCCGGCAAAAAGCCCCCCACCUCAUCAUCAAAAAAGCCCGGGAGCCCACCGGCAGCCGCCCGCUGGUACGCGUUGUUCCGACACUCCCAACCGCAGUAAUCGUCCGAGUACAGAACGUAGAUAUUGUCCGGGCCUGGGUCACAGUCGUCCGGCAUGUCGAAGGGGACCUUGUCCAUGUUCUCAGGCUCCCAUGCCUCUGGCUCGGUAAUACGCAUCAGCUGCGCGAGGACGUCGUUGCAUGAAGCGUAGGAAAGCAGCGUCGCUGGAGGAUGGCCGCAGAGGGGGAUGGUUUGGAUGUAGACACACAUCGGGAGGACCGCCGUUGUAAGUGGCUCUGGUGUCGGCGGUUGGCCUGGAGAGAUCACAGGUCUUGUCGAGGACCGUCGCAGACUAGCGGGCGAUGUUAGUGGUCCUCAACCGUGAGCCGUGAAUCACCAGUGGUAGUGAGUUGACCGGUUCUCCAACGUAACGAAAGAGGAGAUGUGUACGAGGUUACCAAAUGUAGAUAUUCUCUGGCCUCCUGGGGGAGAUGUGUCGCAAAGAAGCUGAGCUGUCGAUCAAAGGCAACACCAUCUGGAGGCCUCGAACAUGGAGAAAUACCCCUAAUUAAGCCAUUCCACGUAGAAUCUA